AUGGGCGGCGCCGAGGAAUAUCUCCCCGAAUCCUUGGAGGCCAAAGACAUCCAAACUCUUCUGGACACCCUCUCCCUCGGACAGCCCACAGCCAUCACCCCACUAAAAGUGUGCGCUGCAUUCCACGCCAUCUAUAUCCUCACCUACGACGCCAAGGACCUGCCAGGGUGUGUCAAAGACCCCUCGCUGCCAUCCGUCGAUCUUGUACUUCGCGUCUCUGGCGACCACAUUCCCAACAUCAAGACACGCAACGAAGCAGCCACGCUCGCCUGGAUAUCGCAAAACACAAGCGUCCCUGUGCCGUCUGUAAUUCGGUACGAUGCAACAACCAACAACCCGCUCAGCCGCGAGUUUAUUAUCCUGAGCCGAUGCCCUGGGGUGACAUUGUCGGAUGUCUACGACUCCCUGACGCAAGAGCAGCUAGACGAUAUUUGCAAACAAUUAAUAAAGUUUCUUGCCGACAUUCACCGGCAUCCUUUUACUCACAUUGGCGGGUUGGUACAAUCCGAUACUGGUAGUAUUAUACCCGGUCCAUAUCUAGACGAGCAUUUCUGGUUUACACCAGACGUCAAGCGGUAUUUCGACACUGAAGAUAGCCUUGAAACUCUCAAUGCUGGCGGUCCAUUCACAUCGUACACGGAUUUUAUUAUUGCCCUGAUGGAAAAGUACAUCCACGUCGCCAGUGUCCAAAAAGAUCUCACAUUUAUGCUAGAACACAUCCCGCGUCUUCGUGCCUUUUGCAAAGUACUACCCGAUUUCGCCGCGCAGCUAGACAAAACACAAAUCCGUCUCGCGCAUAGAGAUUUGCAUUUUGCAAACAUACUAUACAACCAAUCCACCGGCCAGAUCACCGGCAUUCUAGACUGGGAAUUUGCAUCCGCAGUACCCUUUCAAAUUUGGGAUCCCGUGCGCGCUUUUCUGGGUAACACACAGCCAGGCGAUGAGGCAUAUAAAGAAAAAUACCGGUUGCGCGAUCGCUUCGCUGAGCUUUGCAAUGAGGAAGGUGUCGCGUUUCUCGGUGAUGCCGAUUUUACGAGUGAGAUUCAAGAGAAAAUGCACGGUGUUUCGAAUAUGAUGCGAAUUAUUGUGACGCUGAUACCGCGGGGCCAGUUUGUAGAUCGAGCGCCGGAGUUUGUAGAGAGUCUUCUCAAGGAUUUGGAGGUGUUUGGUGUAUGA